AUACAUACGGUACGAAGCUUCACCAAACCGUUGGUUGCCUCCAAAACGCCGUAGAAACGCCUCCUCAGCUCUCCAUCUGCGUUUCCACCGUCAUCGUAGAGCUCCUUCUCUUACAUCUCCCCAAACGGGAACGGUAACGGAGAUUACGUCAAAUCCAACGGACUCCUUACUCGCUCCCGUUUCCCAUCAGCUGCUAAAAAAAGGUGAAGGUGAUCAGCCAGCUAUCACAGAUGGGCUGUUUUGGUGGGCCCUGCACACUGUAAUCGACGGCUUCUUUCUAAGAUCUAUGGCCUGGAUCUAAUUGUUAAUAUAAAAUUGAAUAAAGAAUUCCAAUGCUCCAGCAAUUUUGAUGGAAAUGUGCCGGUUUAAGUGAUAUGCAUGUAACAGCUGGAGUUUCUGCAAAUCAUCUGCUUAUUCAACAAGUAGACAAGAAGUAGAUUCCAACAUGCAUGAUAGAGGGAAGAGCACAGUUGGAUCUUGCAUCCGUCAACGACAUCAUGGACUGUUUCCGUUACUCGAUCACGAAGUUUGUCAUCUCACCAAGUCUAGAUCUGCACCCAGUGAAAUGAUCCGUAAAGUAACCCCCUCUAAGCACAACAACAUGCCUAUUUCUACGGUGAAAAUGUUGUCAGCAAGAGAAGCUAAUUUUUCUGGAAAGGGAAGGUUCUCUUUAGCAGAUCGCUGUCAUGUUCUCAGCAGAUACCUGCCUGUCAAUGCUAGAUGCCGCAUAGACAGGAUGGACACCAGAGCAUAUGUCUCCCAGUUUUCAGCUGAUGGGACCCUCUUCUUUGCUGGGUUUCAGGGUAGCCACAUCAGAAUAUACAAUGUUGACAAUGUGUGGAAAGUUCAGAAGGACAUUCUUGCCAAGAGCUUGCGAUGGACAAUUACCGAUACUUCUCUUUCCCCAGACCAGCGCUAUCUUGUUUAUGCCAGCAUGUCACCUGUUGUCCAUAUUGUUAAUGUGGGAAGUGCUGUAGCAGAGUCACAUGCAAAUAUCACUGAGAUUCAUGAUGGUCUGAACUUCUCUGACGAUGAUGGCGAUGGCGAUUUUGGAAUCUUUUCUGUGAAAUUCUCAACUGAUGGACGAGAGCUUGUAGCUGGAACUGGUGAUCAUGCAAUAUAUGUUUAUGACCUAGAAGCAAAUAAACCUAGCCUACAGAUUUCAGCACACUUGUGUGAUGUUAACACAGUGGCCUUUGCUGAUGAAACUGGCCAUCUUAUAUAUUCUGGAAGUGAUGAUAAUCUGUGUAAGGUGUGGGACAGGCGCUGCCUUAAUGACUCACGACGAGCGGCAGGAGUCCUGACAGGGCAUUUAGAAGGCAUUACAUUUCUUGAUAGCCGUGGGGAUGGCCGCUAUUUUAUUUCAAAUGGUAAAGAUCAGACCACCAAACUUUGGGACAUCCGGAGAAUGUCCUGUAACGAAUAUAUGAGUUACUCCUACAGUGUGAAACAAAGAACUUCCAAUUGGGACUAUCAAUGGAUGGAUUACCCGGCGAGUGAAAGACAUCGUAAACAUCCCUCUGAUCAAUCUUUGGCUACAUAUAGAGGUCAUUCGGUACUGCGUACUCUCAUCCGCUGUUACUUCUCUCCCGAAUAUAGCACUGGUCAGAAAUACAUCUAUACAGGAUCUAACAAUGGAAACAUUUAUAUUUAUGAUGUGGUAACCGGAGCCCAAGUUGCAAAACUCGAUUACCAUGACUUGACAGUAAGAGAUUGUAGCUGGCACCCCACCUAUCCCAUGCUUGUUAGCUCUUCUUGGGACGGCAUGAUUGUUCAAUGGGAAUUCCUGGGUAAUGGUAAAGCAUCUGCUAUGGUCCGGAAGAAAAAGCGAAGGAGACUUGGAUACUAAAGACAUAAAAAGAACGGUCUGGAUGGAAUUCUCUGAGAAAAAUAAUGCAACCUUGGCUACUGAUAUUUUGUUUUGUAGGAUUCUUUUUGGAAAAAAAUAAAAAAGGGACAACUGAUAAUGUCUAUGAAAUUACACAAGUCGUGUAAUUUUCCCCCUUACGACGAAUCCUGUAAAACAACAGUCACUACCUUAGCUGCUGUGGGUCUCCCAUGACAUUUGGGAAUUAUUUUUCUCGAGAGUUUCCAACCAAAUGGGCAAUAGAUGUCUAGUUUUAUUUAUUUAUUCUUGUGAGAUGUAUGUAAUGUAAUGGUAAAUAGUAGGUGAUGUUAAUAGGACUUGCUAGGGGAUUGGAAAUAUCUGUGCAAUCAGGACUGAGAAUCAGCUCUGCUGUCUUCAGUUGUUUCUCGUGACCAAGAGUCUGCAUCUCUGUAAGUAGUCCAGCUUUCUGGGCGCUGUAAAAAGCUCUUGAAGAACAACUGAUCAUUGUAAAACAUUAUCAAGAAACUAAUCUCUGCAGAUUUGGAAAUCCACGGAAGAUUGCACCA